CAUUAGCCUUUGGAGAGAGUUUAGUGGGCAAACUGCAUCAUUGGCAGGUCAUCCCCUGUGCACAGAUGAAGCUCUGAUGGAAAAAGCUUUUAGAUUCUCAAGUAAGCUUAGCGCCUCCAGUUAUUUUAUCAAGGGGUGGGUUUUCUACUUCUUCUUUUGCUUGCAAAAAACAGGGCUUCAUUAUUUGAGAUGGUCAAAAGUUUGUUUUUGUGGGGGAAACAGGUUGAGAGGUUUUCAACAAAAUGCAAUGGUAAUGGUUUUGGGCCAUUAUAAAUGAUGGACAAUGAGGGUUUGGCUGUGGACUUCCAUGGUAAUAUUUCUAGAGAUACCAAGAAUAUGGUCUUAGAAGUCUGCUUGAAAAUAUGGUUUCCAAUAAAUGUAGUCAUAACAAGGCUUUGAUGGGAGGUGGGAGCUACUUAGAUUUGUCUUUCAAGAAAUUGAUCUCUUUUAGCAAGUUUUUGUGAUUGUCAAUGGAAGAAGAGUAUGAGAAGAAAAUUGAGUGCCUUUCAGAAAGUCCUCCUUGACAACCCAUUCAGAUAGAGAGCUUCACAAAUUGGGGUGAUUAGUUAAUUAAAAAGUAUACAACCAUUCAAGUAGAAAAGAGAAGCACCAAGAAAGCAAGUGGGAUAUCGUUCUAGGUGUGCAUGAAGUUUAAGAUAUUUGGACUAAUGUUAGAAGGCUUAGAUGUUGAUGGUUGGAGUCUACUUAGAUAGAUAUAAGUGCCACAAAGAUGAGGAAAGGGAUUGGGAGGAUGGGAAGAGGAUUUUGAAAGGUGAGAUUGUUGUGUAAAUAUUUUACAAAUAAAUUAAUAAAUAUGAUAUUUAAAUUAAUAAAUAUUUAAUAAUGGUAUAUUUUUUAAUUUCUUUGAUAAUAUCUGAAGAUAUUUGAUUUUUAUAUUAAAUUUUUAACCAAAAAUAAAAUGUAUAUUAUUGUAUUGGUUGGAGAGAAAAGUGCUUUGUAGGCCAAAAGGCAGGGAUAAAUCUUGUGAAAGGUAAAAUAUUAUGAUGUGAAACACAAUUCCCAGAGACUUGGUUAAACCAAAAAACCGAAAUUCAGUAGAAAAUUCCAAAGUGGAGAGGGGCGCAGCUUAUGCGACGACGCAACCCCGCGCACAUUAGCGUCCGUCAUGACCAGAAGGAGUCCCCUAGGGCACCUAUCGUCUUCCCUACAAGUGUAGAAUUCCUCUUUGUUUUCCUUCACCCCAGCCGUCGGAGCAGUUAGCCUUUGCUCGCCGGACCACUUUUCUCUGCAGGCUACCACCGCCUCUCGAAGCUCUCUCUCAUCUCCAAGGGAAUCGGGGUUUUGAAUCAAUGGUGAAGCCUACAAGGAGUCAUCAGGAAGAGGAGGAAGACGACGAUGAAGACAUCAUUGCUAGGAACGACCCCUCUUCGCUAAAAGGGGAUUUGGCGAUGAGGGCAGACGGGAGAAGUGUCGAUCAAAAGGUGAGCGCGCACCGGUCUAAGCAUUCGGCGACGGAGCAGCGCCGGAGGAGCAAGAUUAAUGAGAGAUUUCAGAUUUUAAGAGAUCUCAUUCCUCAAAAUGACCAGAAAAGAGAUAAGGCUUCAUUUUUAUUAGAGGUCAUAGAAUACAUUCAGUUUUUACAAGAAAAGUUAAAUAUGUACGAGGGAUCAUACCAAGGAUGGAGUCAGGAACCCACAAAGUUGAUGCCAUGGAGAAAUCGUGGGCCUGUAGAAAAUUUUAUGGAUCAUUCUCAAGUCAUAAAGAAUGGCUCUGGUCAUGAGAAUAAUGUUGCUGUCACCCCUGCAACCCUUGUGAAUGCACAAAACCCAGUGGAAUCCGACUUUGGCACUGCUGCUGCAUAUAAUGUAAUGGAUAAUACCCCUGGGCCAGCAAGUCAAGCAGUUCCCCUGAACAUGCCACUGCAAACUAAUAUGUUCACUCAUGUUGGGAGGAGUGACAUACCUACACAGUCAUUGCAUGGAUCUGUUUCUGAUGUUGAGAACAUUGCUUCCCAGCCCUUACCUCACUUCUCCCACGGUAGACCGUGUACAACUGACUGUGCUGUCCCAAGCAAUACAGUGAAUGAACCAGAGGAGCUGACAAUUGAAAGUGGAACAGUUAGCAUCUCAAGUGCCUACUCUCAAGGGUUGUUGAAUUCACUAACCCAGGCGCUGCAAUCUUCCGGCGUGGAUUUGUCACAGGCUAGCAUCUCAGUACAGAUUGAUAUUGGGAAACGAGCAAAUAAAGGACUGAAUGCAACAACAUCAAAUGCAAAGGAUUAUGAAAACCCAUCUCCUAGUAAUCGAACAAUGGCACAUUCGGGGUUUAGGAGCAGCAGUGAGGAUUCUGAUCAAGCUCACAAGAGGCUCAGAACAGACACAAGCUAGUAUCAUUAUAAGCUUCUUUUUCUCUUUUCCUUUCCAUUGUCUAUUUUUUUGUUUUUAAUUUCAUUUUAAAAUUUUGUUUGUGGCUUGGGGGAAAGAAUAGAAAAAGAAAGGGUUAUGAGGUAGGCAUAAGAUGGUCCACAAACAACUUGGUUCAGACCAAAUGUACAUGUUUAGCUCAUGGUUUGCCAGGAAGCAUUGAUUCUCCUUGGAAGAAUCCUUGUUCAGUGUUCUUUUAGUUUGGUACUAUGUUAUUUCAGAUAUAGAGGCUUCCAUGCAGAUAUUGAGAAGCUGCUUUUCUAUC